CGCAGCGCGGCCGCGGGUGGGCGGAUCUGGUCGGGAUGAGUGGCGGAGGGACAGAGACCCCUGUGGGUUGUGAGACCGCCCCGGGCGGCGGCCACAAGAAGAGGGACUCUCUGGGGACUGCGGGCUCAGCGCACCUCAUUAUCAAGGAUCUUGGAGAAAUUCAUUCAAGGCUCUUGGAUCACAGACCAGUUAUUCAAGGUGAAACUCGUUAUUUUGUAAAAGAAUUUGAAGAAAAACGUGGUCUUCGAGAAAUGCGAGUUCUUGAAAAUUUGAAGAAUAUGGUCCAUGAAACAAACGAACAUACUCUUCCCAAAUGUAGAGAAACAAUGCGGGACAACUUAAGCCAAGUUCUUCAGAGAUUGCAAGCAGCUAAUGAUUCAGUCUGUAGACUCCAACAGAGGGAGCAGGAACGAAAAAAGAUUCAUAAUGACCAUUUAAUAGCUAGUGAGAAACAGCAUUUAUUCCAGUGGGAAGACUUCAUGAAGGAACAACCCAGCAAAAGGGCUGAAGUGGAUGAAGAGCACAGAAAAGCCAUGGAGAAGCUCAAAGAACAAUACGCUGAGAUGGAGAAGGACCUAGCAAAAUUUUCAGUCUUUUAAGGACUUAAACCACAACAGUGACAAACUAAUGAGAAAACAUUUGCCUCCUCCCUAAGAAAUUUUCCCACCAAACCAUUUAGCCUCUGCUUCAAGCUUAGCAAUAUAUUCAGUGGCACUCAUAUCAGAAGAAAGGCACUUCUGCUGGAGUUCUGAUUAAAUGUUUAAUAGAAAAAGAGUGCCACAUUCGUCUGCUUUUAAGUGCCUAUAUAUGAUUAUUUGAAUGGGGAGGAAGAGGUAAAAUGGGAUAAAUAUACAUUUUGUUAAUCAGAAUUGAUCUUUUCCAUUCAUUAGGUCAGAGAACUGUGAGCAUAGAUUUUUUUAGAGAGAAAGAUAAUUUAAUUCACUCUUCUACAGGGUUAAUAAUUAGUUUAUUGUAGCUGUAGGCGGUAUAAAAGCUGCCCGUCAUAGCCUCCUUGGCUAAUGGAGGAAUAUAUAAAGUAUUAUUGCGUGAGUAAUAUAGACAAAAAAAAAAAAAAACAGUUGUCCUUGAGCAGAGAUCAUAUUUAAGAGAGGUGAAAUCAGAAGCAUUGUCUCCACCCUGGCAAAUGGCCGUGUGGAUCUCUGCACUGCCCCUGGGGAGAGGUUGCAGAUUUUGCAGUACCGCAUAAUGCUGUGUGCUUCACUGGGUGACAAGACACACGUUAAGUUUUGUGGCCUUCUAGCACUUAGUAUUUUCAGCUUUUAUUAAUAAAAGAUGUAUAGAAAGAAAAGCUUACCAAAAAUAUAUUUUUGCUUUUGGUUUUUCCAAGAACUAUAAUCUUGCCCAUGGCAUUUACCUCAUUUUUAUGUCUGUUUUGCUGUGGGUAAGCUAUAAGAUAAAUAAUAUUUGUACAUGUUUCAUCUGUUUAAUGAGUAGUCAACAAAAUCUGCCAGGGAGUCUCUCUGGAACCGUGUAAGAUUCUGGCUCUGAAUGAUCCAGAAGUGUUUGCCCACGUGGCAAAUGAUCCAUGUUAAAUGUAAAUCCUUUCUGGUGUUAAUGUCUGAUCUGACAAGCAGGUAUGUUAUGAUGAAGCGUGUCCCAAGUCUGUCAUCACUGUGAUCCUUUAAAAUCUGCAUUUAAUAAUCUAAUUGAAGAACUAAGUUGAUUUUUUAUUUGCCAUAAACCAAGCAAAAAGUAAAUGCAAUAAUUUCAGGAGAUUUAUGGUAAAUGAAUUUGAGGUAUGGAUAAAUCUUCCACAUAUUAUUUAUUGCUUGUUAGUAAAGAAAGGCACAAGAAAGAAAACACCCAACUCUCUUGUGUUAUCUCAGUGUUGCAACUGCAGAAAACUUACAAUGCCUGCCUGUGUAAGUUUAUGGCUUACUGUCAAAGCUUCAUUCUUGGCCGUGUGUUGAAAAUGUGAUUAAAGUUAAUAGAGGAGAUGAAAUAAGUAUUUGAGAUUUCUUUCAAUAACACUGAACUUCUGCCAACUUUCUCUGUCUGCUACUGUAGGCUUGACAGGCUCAUCAAUCAUCCACUGGUACCUGGGCUAAAAAGAGUGCUUGCUGACACCAAGGCAUAGUCUCACUUUACUGCCUUCAGUAGAGUGCCAUGAUGUCACAGGACUCACAGCAACCUCUAGCUCUUGGGCUUCAGCGAUUCUCCUGCCUCAGCCUCCCGAGCAGCUGGGACUACAGGCGCCCGCCACAAUGCCCAGCUAUUUUUUGGUUGCAGUUCAGCCGGGCCUGGGUUUGAACCCGCCACCCUUUGUAUAUGGGGCCGGCGCCCUACUCACUGAGCCACAGGCGCCACCCAAUUGUAAAUGUUUUAAGAGUGCUUGACAACUAUACGUAUUUUUUAGCUAGUGGGUGUCCCUUACACCAAGGUUUUUAAUGGUGUCAUUCAAAUUCUUUCUCUUUCACUGUUCUUUUUUCUUCUAUUGGAUCUCAGAUUCUAAGCUGUACUGUAAUUUCUUGUUGUAAUAGAUUUGCUAAUUUCUCCCUAUAAUUCUGUUAGUUUUUGUUGUAUAUAUUUUGAAGUUUUGUUAUUAGGUACAUACAAGUUUGGAAUUAUCUUUCAAGUUUCAAAUUGAUUCUCAUAGUCCUAGUCUCUGUUUCUAGUAAUGUUUGUAUUUCUUUUUUCUAUUAAUUUUGAAAUAAUAAGGGAGUACAAAUAU